AUGGAUGCAAAACAGUUAUUUGAAUACAUCGUCAGAAUACUCAUGUUCAUUGCAGGCAUCGUGGGAAACAACUGGCUGGCGAUAGCCUCUCUUCCCAGAAAGAAAUCUGAAAUCCGUACCAAUGAGAUCCUGUUAAUUAACUUGGCUGUCUCCAACCUCAUUACCAACUACCUAGUGGACAUCCCUAUCACCAUGGAAGACUUUGUUGGCCGAUGGUUCUUGGGACUGACCUUCUGUGGGAUUUCUCGGUUCAGUUCUGACCUCUCAGAAACCAGCAGCCUCUUCACCACCCUUGUCAUCUGCAUCUUUUGGCACCAGAAGCUGGUUGGUUCUCUCAGGCGUGGAGGUGCACCUGUGCAGCUGGACAACCUGCAUCUGCUGGGGUGUCUGCUGACCGGGAGCUGGACACUGUCCGUCAUCUUCAGCAUGCCUCGCCUUUUCUUCGUUUCAUUGGAGGUGACAAAUGAGAGCCAUGAAGACUGCAUAGACGUCUUCCCCGAUGUGCUUUCCAAACAAACAUAUGACGUAUUUUUCUUAUCUCUGGCUAAUGCUUUACCUAUUGCAGGGAUCUGUGUUGCAAGUAUCCAAAUUGUUUUAACUUUGCUCCAACAUGGCAAGCGCAUACAGAGCGUUUCCUCUCAUCGGGUCAAGGUUAAGCAAGACAAGUCAGAGAGCUCCUUCAGCAGUGUUUCUGUUCAAGGCUACCAUGAAGAUCUCAAAGAGUCUUCUUCACCAACUGAGCAUGUUUCUUCUUGUAAAAACAGAGAGUGUUUAGGUAAAAGUCCACAGAGUUCUCCCUCAGCCAAUAAAACCGAUUCCAGAGCAGAAGGUCAACCAAACCACUCAAAGUCCAGCCAGAUACCUUCAAAGCAGAGUAACAACAAAAGCUCUCAGGUGAGGGCAGCAAAGAGCGUGGUGGCAGUGGCUACUGUGGUGCUCCUCUGUUGGGUGACUCAUCUAAUUCUGCGCAUCAGCAACAGCAUCCAGGAUUCAUCACUGAUGAUGAAGCUGGCCAGUUACAUCGGAGCCGCCUACACCUGCAUCAUCCCUUAUAUUUUUCUGCAUGGAGUGAAAAAACUUUCUCGUUUGUGUAAAUGA